AUGCAAAACGGGAGUCGAUCGAAGGUAGAAGGUGAAGUUGCAGUGAUUUUGGUGUAUUUUUCCGAAUUUCCAGAUAGGUGUAAAGCGAGGGAGUUCCACAAGUUAUUUGGUCCGUUUGGGAAUGUUGUGGAAAUCUCAAUUGCCCCUAGGAGGAACAAAUUGGGGAAGAAGUUUGGCUUUGUAAGAUUCAAAGAUGUGGCGGAUGCGCAAAUCUUAGCGGUGAAAUUGGAUAAUGUUAUCGUCGAUGGCAAGAAGAUUCACGCGAAUUUGCCUAGAUUUGAGAGAAAGGUGGGCACGGUUUUGGGGAAUCCUCUGAAGGCUACAAGGGCGAACGAGGUUUAG